AUGGUGCCACCCAUUCCGUGCAGCACCCCGCCGCCUGAGUGCAACCACCCGUGCGUCCGACCCUCGCCGUGCGGUCACGCUCUGCCGUACCACGCCUGCCACAGAGACAACGAACCCUGCCCUCCUUGCACGGUUCUCGUUGAGAAGUGGUGCAUGGGCAACCACGAACUGCGCAACCACGUGCCGUGCCACGUGAAGGACGUCUCCUGUGGCAGCCCCUGCGGCAAGCCCAUGCCCUGCGGACAGCACAAGUGCGCUCGGAUCUGCCACAAGGCUCCCUGCGUCGUGCCCAAGGAGGCCGAGACCGCGGCCAGCAGCUCCAAGGACAAAAACAAGAAGGGCAAGAAGAACAAGGAGAAAGAAAAGGAACAGGACGAGCCGGCGUGGGAAGAGACCGAGGAGAAGCAGUCCGAAGCCGAGCCCGAGCUCGUCUCCUGCGGACAGAAGUGCGGUCGGCCUCUCAAGCACUGCGCGCACAACUGCACCGCCCUGUGCCACCCUGGCCAGCCCUGCCCCGUGGUGCAGUGCCGCCAAAUGGUCCGCAUCACGUGCCCGUGCAAGCGCCGGUCGAUGGAGGUGCUCUGCCUACGCGGCGGGCCAGCGGCUGAGCACGACGCCGGCAAGGAGAAAGACGAAGACGACUCGUUCGACGCCUCCAAGCGCGAAGACAAGCGACAGCUCUCGUGCGACGAAAUGUGCGAACGCGAGAAGCGCAACCAGCGGAUCGACGAGGCAUUCAACGUGGCCGGCUCGAAGGAGAAGGAGGCGCCCGUGUUCACCGAGGAGCUGCUCUCCGCUGCUCGGAACAACACCGUCAAGUUUGUGCAGAAGGUGGAGGAGGAGUUCAAGAAGCUCAUCCUCGCGCCCAGCGGCAUCCGACACUCGUUCCCGCCGAUGAAGGUGCUGCAGCGUGCGCUCAUCCACGAGCUCGCGCGUUGGUAUCGCCUCGACGCCAUCUCCUACGAUCCGGAGCCGCUGCGGAACGUGGUCGUGAUGAAGAAGAACGACUCGCGCAUCCCGCCCUUCGCCCUACUCUCGACCCUGAUGGCGUCCGGCCGCCUGCCCAAGGUGGCUACCACCGCGCCCGCGCUCGGUUCGGCGUUCGACAUGGACAUCGGCGACGCGACCGACUGCGUGCUUCAGAUCUACAACCUGUCGCCGAUCAUCACCACCGAGCAUCUGGCCACCUUCCUCUCGCGCUUCUCCGGCGAGUACGUCCUCAAGUGGCUCGACGAUGCCAACGCUCUCGCCAUCUUCUCCAACGUACAGCAGUACCAGGCCGCCCUCUCCUCUCUCCAGACCGACGGCACGUUCAAGAUCCGGCCCUACGAGGGUCCCAAGACUUCCUGGCUCAGGUCGAGGACCAUGGUAAAGGGAGAAAGCGCUUCUUCCUCCUCCACGUCGUCAUCGUCCACCUCGUCGUCGUCUACCACCGCGGCCAAGGACAGCAAGCCAGCGAAGAAGACGACCGACACCACCACCAUCGCCGGCGCCAAGCCGUCUCUCCCCCCUGGACUCGCGGCGCCCGCCUCCUUCGCCGCACCCAACGCCUUCUCCGUUCUCCUGUCCUCGCCCGCCGCCUCCGUCGACGGCGUCACCCCCGACGACGUGCCCUCCUCCGACGUCGGUGCUGAAGCGGCUCCCGCCGACUGGGAGGAGUUGGCCGACGACGCACAGACCGACGACGCUCGUCCCGCCGCCGCGACCAAGGCCUCGACGCCCAACGUGUGGAACGCGGUCGUUGCCUCUCAUGCCGACGAGCCACAGCCUCGAGGCCCGCACCACGCGGCCGCUGCACCGAGCGCUCAGCAGUGGUCGUGCGCGCACUGCACGUUCCUCAACCCGCCCUCCGCCGGCAAGUGCGAGGUCUGCGAAAACACCCGCUUCUGA